CUCGCCGGCCGCGCCGAUCCGGCUCCGCGAUGACUCCCCGGCUGCCGAGGAGCCUGCGGCGGCUGCUGCUGCUCCUUUCCCUCUGGGCACUCAUGGGCAGCUCGCUCCCCGCUCUGCUCCGGGCUGAAUUUACAUCACCUGUAGAAAGAAAUAAGGAGAGUGGACUGAAAAUGUCAAACUUAUGCAAGUUUUGUGACAUUAAAGCAACAACCUGCUCAAACCAACAUCAGUGCAGGAGUAACUGCAACAUCACCUCUAUCUGUGAGAAGAGUAGUGAAGUCUGUGUUGCUAUAUGGAGACAGAAUGAUGAAAAUGUGACAUUAGAAACAAUAUGCCACGACCCCCAGGAAAAACUGUAUGGUCACAUUUUGGAUGACUCUAACUCAGAGCAGUGUUUAAUGAGGGAAAAGAAGGAUGAUGGGGGAUUGAUGUUCAUGUGUUCCUGCAAAGGUGAAGAAUGCAAUGAUCUGCUCAUUUUUACAUCAGAUGACCCCCAUAAGCCAGAGGAGAAAGAUGAAAUUUCCAAAGUCACAAUCAUAAGUCUUGUCCCGUUACUGGUGAUUUCUGUUGCUGUGAUUGUUAUCUUUUAUGCCUACCGCACUCACAAGAAGAGGAAGCUCAGCAAGGCAUGGGAGAAGAAUGUUAAGCCCAAGAAGCAUAAGGACUGCAGUGAUGGCUGUGCCAUUAUGUUAGACGACGACCGCUCAGACAUCAGCUCCACGUGUGCCAACAACAUCAACCACAACACAGAGCUGCUGCCCAUUGAGUUGGACGUUGUUGUUGGCAAAGGAAGGUUUGCUGAAGUGUAUAAAGCCAAAUUGAAGCAAAACACAUCAGAGCAGUAUGAAACUGUGGCAGUCAAGAUUUUCUCCUAUGAAGAAUAUGCUUCCUGGAAAACUGAGAAAGACAUAUUUUCAGAUGUAAACCUCAAGCACGAGAACAUACUCCAGUUCUUGACAGCAGAGGAACGUAAGACAGACCUUGGCAAACAGUAUUGGUUGAUCACUGCCUUCCAUGCUAAAGGAAACUUGCAGGAGUAUCUCACACGGCACAUUAUCAGCUGGGAGGACCUCUGGAAACUUGGCGGGUCCUUGGCCCGAGGGAUUGCCCAUCUGCACAGUGAUCACACACCCUGUGGUCGUCCCAAAACACCUAUCGUACACAGGGACCUAAAGAGUUCCAACAUCCUGGUGAAAAAUGAUUUAACCUGCUGCCUCUGUGACUUUGGGUUAUCCCUGAGGCUGGACCCUUCCCUUUCUGUGGAUGACUUGGCUAACAGUGGGCAGGUUGGCACAGCAAGAUAUAUGGCCCCUGAGGUUUUGGAGUCCAGGAUGAACCUGGAGAACAUGGAGUCCUUCAAACAAACAGAUGUGUACUCCAUGGCUUUGGUCCUCUGGGAAAUGACAUCUCGCUGUAACGCUGUCGGAGAAGUGAAAGAGUAUGAGCCCCCCUUCGGCUCCAAAGUGCGAGAGCACCCUUGUGUGGAAAGCAUGAAGGACAAUGUCCUGAGAGACAGAGGGCGGCCCGAGAUCCCCAGCUCCUGGCUUAACCAUCAGGGCAUCCAGAUGGUGUGUGAGACGCUCAUCGAGUGCUGGGACCACGACCCCGAGGCGCGGCUGACGGCGCAGUGCGUGGCCGAGCGCUUCAGCGAGCUCCGGCACCACGACAGGCUCUCGGGGAGGAGCUGCUCCGAGGAGAAGAUCCCCGAGGACGGCUCCGUGACCACCGCCAAGUAGCGCACGCCCGGGAGCUCCGGGACGGAGGGAAGUCGCUCCUAGACGUGUUCACCUUGGCAAAGGAAGAGGUCUUGAUCGGUGCCUUGACUUGCUUCCUGGAGGACUGAGGCUGUCACUACUCCCUUUGGGCUCCAGCUCUGGACAGGGAGAUGUAUUCUGGGAAUUACAAGCUGGGGGAGUAGCAGUCAUACCCUAGCACUGGCGGCCAGCAUCAUGUCGUAGGAGGAGCUAUAUAUGGUAGCACUUCCUCUGGAAAAGGAUUUGAAAACAGCCAAUAACAUUAUGCACUUUAUUAAUGCCUGUAUAUAACUAUGAA